AUGAAAAGGGUAAAAUUUAUUUCUAUAUUUAGAAAUAAAUUUUAAUUUAGUUUGAAUUAAAAGAGGAAUGUACAUGAAUUAUUUUGAUAAUUAUAUUAGUUUAUUAUCACAGCUAUAUGAACUUUUAAAAAAAACUAAGAAAAUUCUUGGAAAAGUUAUGGCUGAACUCAGUUUUUAUUGCUAAUUUUAUUUAAGGUAUAUGGUGGGUUUCUAAUACUUUAUGGUUAACAUAGCCAAUAAAUUAUUUUGUGUUUAUUUUGCAAUUGGCUUGUCUCUUAGUAAGGUGUUUUUAACAACUUCUAAUCACUAAAGAAUAUGGAUUAAAAUUAGUUAUUCAUGUAGUGUCCUUGUUAUAUUAUGUAACAUAUUUUGAAUCCUUUUUACUAAUUAAGAGUAAUCAACAUUUGUAAGUGCUCACUAAUUGUUUAUUAUUAAUAUUUACUUAUAUGGAUUAUUUGAAAAUAGCUAUGUUAAAAUAUGGUUUGAUCUGUAAAUUAGGGAUUCCUUUAUAUCUUAUCAUAAGAAUCAUAUACACAUUAAUUAACGAUUUUAGUUUAUAUGAGCUUGAAAGCUUGAUUAUCAUAAGUUUAUUAUUCAUAAAAUAUACAAUUAUGCUGUAAAUUACAUUUAAUAAAAUUAUUGAAGAAAAAACUAAUAAAUAUUAAUUAACAAUUAAAGAGGAAAGAGAUUCUACACCUAUACUUUAAAAUUAGUAGAUAUUUCCAUAAAUUAAAUCAUAAAGUAAAAUAUCUCAAUCCCCUUAACAUAAUUUAAGUGUAUUUAUUAGAGAUCCACCUAGUGAUAUGAGAUUAAUACAAUGUUCAAAUUUGAGUAAUUUUUAAAAAAUAAAUAAAAGUUUUGAAAAAUCAGAUCACUCAAUGAGUUCAUUUUAUAACAAUUUGCUUAAUCUUUUUCCUUAAGGAAUUUUAAUUUUAAAUUCUUAAUUAUCAGUAAGCUACAUGAAUAAUAAAUGUGAAAAGCUUUUGGAUUGUUAAGGUUCAGAAAAAGUAUUAGAAAAAGUGAAAGCUUGCGUAGACAAUGCAAAAAUUCGAGAUUAAUAAUGGGAUGAAUAGAGUAGUUUCCAAUCAAAAUAUUAAUCAAAAUAAUUCCAUUAUCAUCUUCUUAAAGAAAUAAUAUGUCUAUUAUAGAAAAAAAGUAUACCAAUUGAUGUCUUCGACAUUAUGAUAUAACCUUAAAAAUAUUAAUACCUUUUCGAAACCAAUUCAAAUCCAAUGUUUGCUGAUACUUAACUAAAUUUCAUGUCAUAAGUUUUUAUAUAUGAAUGGUUUAUAAAAUCUGGGUUACUCUAAAAUAGUUCAUAAAAAAAGCUUAAAUUAAUAAUUAUACCAACUUCAAUGACUAAUUAAUAGUAAGAGUACUUCUAAUCUUCAUCAUAAAUUCAAAGUUGUAGUAGGGUCAACUUUCAGCCCACCAACGAAAUUGAAAACCCUAUUUUACUCAUAAUCAUAAAAAAUAUAACGCAGAAACAUAAAUUCUAAUAAUUAAGAGAUGAACAAAUUAUUCAUCAUAGUCUUAUCAAAUCUUUCUCUCAUGAGUUAAGGACUCCAUUAAAUAGUUGUUAACAUAUGUUAAAUCUACUAAAACAAUAACAAAGUAAAGAAGAAUUUAAGUAAUGUCUUGCCAUUGCUUAAAAUUCAAAUGCAUUACUUAUUCAUUAAAUAAAUGACAUUAUAGAUUAUGCUGCUAUUUAAUCUUAUUAAUUUUCCUAUCAUAUUUCAUAAUUCCCAAUAAAUCAAAUGAUUUAAGAAAUUGAAAAAUUAUAUAAUGACUAAAUGUUAUUAAAGAGAAUUUAAUUUAAAAUUCUUAUAUCAAAAAAUUUAGUAAGCUUUAUGAUGUGCAAUGAUAAGCAGAGAAUAUUAUAAAUAUUAGUCAAUUUAUUAAAUAACUCUAUUAAAUUUACUAAAGAAGGUGGUUGCAUUCAUUUAAGUUUUAUUGAAAAGGAAUUAUCUAGUAUUAAUAUUGAAGUAAAGGAUAAUGGAAUAGGAAUUGCUGAAGAAUAAUUACAUUUAAUAUAAAGUAGUUUAUACAGCACUAUGGAAUUAGGUGCAAUUUUGAAAUCAAAUUUUGAAAUAAAAAAGAAAGGAUUAGGAUUGAGCAUUGUAGCUAAACUUGCAUAAGGAUUGACUGAAUCUUAAGAUAAUUAACUAAUCAUAAGAUCAAUCAAGAAUUAAGGAACUUAAGUUUCAUUUCAAGUUGAUAAUCUACAGUUUAAUUAGAAUAUAUAUCAACAAUCUUCCAAUUUAUUUACUUAAUAAACUGGUAAGUUUAAUUAAUCAGAGAGAUUAUAUACAUUUAAUAAAAUAAAACUUGAUGAAAAGGGAGUUAAAUAAAUGAAUUAUUCAUCUUCUAAAGUUUAGGAUGUUGAAGAAAAUUAAAAUCAAAAUUCAGAGACUUAUAAGGGCACAUCUAGGUUGAAUGAUUUUGAAAUUCAAUAAGAAAUCUUAUUACCUAUCAGUGUUGAAUAUUUUCCUCAUAAAUUUAUAUCAUCCUGUAAAAAUUUAGAUCUUUCUAAAAGUUUAUAAUAAAAAUUGAUUUGCUAAAAUUGUAUACAAGUUUUAGUAGUUGAUGAUAUACCAUUUAAUUAAAUAGCUUUAAAAAUGAUACUUAAACAUUAUAACAUUGAAGCAGAUUCUGUUUUUGAUGGAUUUCAAGCAAUAGAAAAAGUUAAACACAAAAUGUAAUAACAUUGCUAAAUCUAUCAAUUAAUUUUCAUGGAUAUCGAAAUGCCUGGAAUGGAUGGAUUUUAAACAAGUAAGCAAGUAAAUUUUAUUAAUACCAAUUAAUUAGAUUUUAAAAUUGACAUAAAAAUAAUCAACAAUUGUUAUUUGUUCUGCUUAUGAUACUUAAGAAAAUUAUAUUAAAGGUUCCAAAUUAGGUAUAGAUACAUUUCUUCCAAAACCUGUCAAUCAAGAAGAAUUAGAAGUAAUAUUAAGUAAGCUAUUUAAUAUCAAGGAGUUUAUUAAAUGA